GAAGCAUCUUUCCGGUGUUUUAUCUCUCCUCGGUUUGGGGCUGAUACACCAUUUUAGAUGAGGAUGCACCGGAAUCACACACAAUUCACCUGAUCCUCGGGAAAAUGCCCGCAGUGACCCCACUGACUCGGUUUUAGCCUCCUGGCUCAAGUCUGAGAAGGUCAUCACUGACACUGAGACAUUAUUACAGUUUUUGGAUGUUGCUGGGUCUUAAAAGGAAAGCAGCAGAUACAGAUACAGACACAGUCCAUGCCGUCUUCCCAUGCCCCACUGUCUCGCAGUACAAGUGCCAUGACGGGAUAACGGAGGCGUGGUCAGGGGUGGGAGUAGCUCUUGACAGGUCGUGGUCAGUGGGAGAGUGGUGGGAGCUCCUGAAGGUGCAGUUUCACAGCCGUGGAUGAUGACCAGCCUGUUUCGGCACAGCGCCAGCAGCAACGGCAGUCACGGCUCGAGGGCUAACGGUAACGGAGGAUCCGAGCUCAAUAACAGCAAAUCAUCUCGACAGCAUGUCCGAAGACUGGAGUUCAACCAGGCCAUGGACGACUUCAAGACCAUGUUUCCAAGCAUGGACCACGAAGUGAUCGAGUGUGUCCUGCGAGCCAAUAACGGUGCCGUGGACUCCACCAUCGACCAGCUCCUGCAGAUGAGUUUGGAUGGACAAGGCACGGACGACAGCUCCGACUCGGAGGACAGCAUCCCGCCAGAGAUCUUAGAAAGGACGUUAGAGCCAGACAGCUCAGAUGAAGAAGCGCCGCCUGUUUACUCUCCACCCUCCUACGAGAUGCACAUCUAUGACAGGAAGCACCCGGCUGACGUGCCGCCGUUCCCUCCUCCCAGGUUCGAGGCCAAUCCUACAACCGAGCAACGGCAGGUCAGCGCUUACAGGAACUGGAAUCCUCCAUUACUAGGCAACCUCCCCGAUGACUUCCUGCGGAUUCUGCCUCAGCAGCGCGACAGUUUGCAGCGCUCUCAGAGCAGCCUGUCUCAGCCCUCGUCGUCGUCCUCGUCCUCGCUGUCCUCUCUGACGCAGUGCUCGGCUUCAGAGCAGGACAGGAAGCUGAAGCAGUACCUGGAGGACGAGCGCAUCGCACUUUUCCUGCAGAACGAGGAGUUCAUGAGGGAGCUGCAGCGCAACCGUGAUUUCCUCAUUGCUCUGGAGAGAGAUCGUCAGAGGUUUGAGUCUCUCAAAUCCCAGCGCUCUCGUUCAUCCGCUUGCAUGGAGAGGUCCACUGAAGGUGAUCACAACGCCUCAGGCUCUGAGGAAGCCUGCACCUCCAUCUCAGAUGAUGCCUUGUUCCGUGACAAACUUAAGCACAUGGGCAAAUCUACAAGGAAAAAGCUUUUUGAAAUCGCCAAAUCCUUCUCUGAAAAAACCCGUCGGAGGAAGACCAAAAAGAGGGCUCUCCUCAAGCAUCACUCACUUGCACCUGCAACCUCCACUGCCAACCUUCUGGAGGAUGUAGAGGGAGCAGAAGAUGAAGGCAAGCUCAGGAGAUCCAGUGUUCAGGAGAAGGACGAGUCGAACAAGGAAGUGGCGUCAUGGUGA